UUUGUGAAUCAGAUGAAUCAGCAAAAGCGUAUUGUGUUUUGUUUACAAACAAUACACAGUAGACUUCCAAGAUGGCUGAAGAGUGGUUUUAACUGUCUUCAAAAACCGAGAACUAUUAUUAUUUCCACGAUGGCUAAUAGCAAAGAUACUCCAGAGCACUUACAAGCCCAAAACAUCAUUGUAAUUCAUCCAGGUUCAUUAUAUCUACGAAUGGGCCGUGCCUCGGAUGUAAAUCCAUGCACAAUUGUACACGCUAUAGCUCGUCGACGAAAACCGGGAGGUCAUGUUUAUCGAGACAUUAUACUGCCGAAGUUAGUAGCCAAAGCAAAAGAACCACUGCCAGAGUUUGAAGAAUGCCGGUUGCAGGUGUCGCAUACGUUACAAUCCUGUGUUCAAUCUGAUGGCCGUAGAAGAUAUGCUACACCACCUCAACAAAUUUCCGCAUUUAAUCGACGAUCAAUGCCGGAACCUUUGGAACAAACAAAAGCUGAAUGGAAAGAUAACAUCUCAGGAAAUACAGUCAUUGGCGAGGAGGUUCUAUGGUUGAAUCCGAGCGGAGAGUUUAAUUUGCACUUUCCUAUCAAACGUGGCGAAUUGAAUCUACACAAAUCCGUGGGUGGAUCAAUGUCUGGUGUAAUGACAGACCUGCAGGAUAUUUGGGAACAUGUUUUGAAGCAUUGUUUGCGGAUUGAUUUGAAACAGUUGAGGCAAUAUAAGGCUGUCCUGGUUAUACCCGACAUUUACGAUAGAGCACAUUUGAAGGAAUUUACCACGCUUCUGUUGAACAAGAUUGGCUUUGGUUGUUGUUUUCUGGUGCAAGAUCACGCGGCGGCCACUUUCGGAGCGGGUCUCGGUUACGCAUGCGUUGUUGAUGUUGGCGAUCAAAAGACCUCGGUAUCAUGCGUUGAAGAUGGAAUCUCUCAUCCAAACACGAGAGUGAGACUAGAUUAUGGGGGAUCGGAUGUUACGCAAACCUUUCUCUGGAUGCUGCAGAAAUGUUCAUUUCCAUACAAGGAGUGCGAUCAAGAUAAUCCUCAGGACGCUUUACUGUUGAAGCAGUUGAAAGAACAGUACUGCCACGUGAAUCUUGAUGUGUGUGGUGCUGUUGAAAAAUCUUUUACCGUACAACAUACCCAACGAGAAAUGUGUAAAUAUACGCUGCAAGUGGGUGAUGAGGCAAUUAUUGCGCCAUUGGCGUUUUUCCACACGGAGUUGUUCUCCGUAACGGGGGCCAAUAAGUCGCUUCCAAAAACACAAAAACCUAGUGCCGCUCAACCUCAUCCAGAAGACUGCUUCGACGCGGAAUAUUUGCGAGAAACUGGUCGCAGAGGUAAAGAAAAUCUCGAACAAACCGCCAAUGAGAGUGGUAUUACGAAUACGGAUAACCAAGAGGAGGAUAUGGUUGUGGACGGCUUGGAACAGGAUAAGGAAGGGAAGGCGAACGAGAAAGAUUUUCUUUUGCCAGGUGGGCAGCUCAUUGGAAUCGAUCAGGCAGUUUUGCAAAGUAUUGAAAGAUGUCCCAACGACGAGCUCAAACGUAAGAUGUACGGAUGCAUUCUGGUUGUCGGUGGUGGAAUGAAAUUCGUCGGCAUUAGCAACUGGUUACAGAACCGUGUGGCACUCAAAAUCCCUCUAAUGUAUCGUUCAGAGCAUAAUAUCGUCACUAGCUCAAAGGAUAUUGAUCCAGAAAUAACAUCAUGGAAAGGAGCUGCCAUUAUGUCUUGCCUCGAGAGUGCUGCGGAACUAUGGCUUUCUAAAGCGGAGUGGAACAGGUACGGACUUCGGAUACUGCGUGAAAAGGCUGUGUUUAUGUGGUAGGAUUAUCAUUUCACUGGGAAAAAAAUUAUGUGAAAUAGCGAUCGCUAAAGUAUUUUUAACUCUCGGAAGAACGACGGUUAUUGAAGAAUCCUGGCUCUUCCCUUGUACACUAAUAUAUUGCUAUACAUCUUGUUCGAUGACUAUAUGGUGAGUAAUACUACGAAACAUU